UCUCUCUCCUCUUUGCCAAGGCUACGGUACGGUCUCUGUCUGCCCCGUCUUUGUCUUCUGUCGGCUUUGGGUGCUCGCUUUCUCCACUCAGUAGCGGCGGUGAAGACGGAAGAAGAAAAAGAAAAAGAAGAACUCUGUAGAGAGAGAGAUAGAGAGAGAGAGUCAUCGCAACCAACGAACUGGCCGUCGUUGCUUCUUCGAAACCCUAGUCGAACGAAGUUCUACAAGUCUGAGAUCCGGAAACCCUAGAAAUAUCCAUUUCGGUCCAGUUCUCUUCCCUUUUAAUGCGAAGCCCCAGUAGGUGUAGGUUUCUGCGGCGUUUUGCGGUGCUGUGUUGUUGAGCCGGUUGCUGGUGGCGGUGGCCCAUGCGAUUGAGCGGUGGUUUUUGAUGCCGACGGAGCCCUUGCCUUGGAAUCGGAAGGACUUCUUCAAGGAUAGGAAACAUGAGAGGUCGGAUUCCGUAGCGUCCUUGUCCAGAUGGAGAGACUCGACUCAGACUCAGACUCGGACUCCUCACCACGGUUCCUCAUCCUCGCGGGGCUUUGGCCGCUGGGGAUUGUGCGACUCUCUCAACAAUAGGCCUCCCGGUCACGGUAAGCAGGGUAGUUGUCAUCUCUAUUGUGAAGAAGCUGGACACGGGAGUACGCCAUCUCAGUCCAAUGAGAAUAUUCUACAUGAUCAGAGCCACCGGUCCAUUGGGUCGUAUGGCAUGAAUAGCCGGGAAGAUAGGGUCGCAAGUAACCAAAAGGAUUCCAGAAGUAGCACUUGGGAAGACGGUGAAGCGCGAAAUGGACCUGGCAGGCUGCCUAGCACUGGUGAUCAGAGGUCAGUCACCCAUAUGCUAGUGGAAAACUCUCUUAUUCAACUUGUCUCUAGGGACACAUCCGAACAAAUUCACUUGAAUGACCAGACUGGUAAUGUUGAUGGCUUGGGCACAGGCCGGAUACUUGAGAGAGAAAAUUUGCUGGGUUCAAUUGGUAGGAAGCCUUCUAAAUGGACUCGUUCAGGGAGUCUUUCCUCACGGUGUUCUGUGUUCAGCUAUGCAAGCAGCUUUAAAAGUAUGGGAAUGGAUUCCAGUGAAGCAAAGGCUGAGGUUCAGCCCAAGAGAGUUACCCCAAUAUGGUCACCUUCAGGGGAUGCCAUGGCAUGUAGUGCAUUAGCUGUUCCAUCUGAAGAAACAAACGCUAGGAAGAAGCUUCGUCUUAAUUGGGGUGAGGGUCUGGCUAAGUAUGAAAAGAAAAAGGUUGAAGCCUCUGAUGAUAGGGCAACAAAUCCUGGGAUGAUUGUCUGUGGUAACACCGACCCUAUGCAUUCUCAUCUUUCGAACUUGUCUGAGAAAAGCCCUAGAGUUGCAGGAACCUCUGACUGCCGUUCCCCUACUAUCCCCUCUCCAAUUGCUUGCAGUUCCUCACCAGGUGGGGAGGAAACACCAUUUGUCAGGGAAGUAAAUAUUCUUGGUGAUGCUAUUAACUUAAAUAGUUCAACAGGUCUCUUGUCUCAGAGCCAUGUUGAAGGAAUAGCUUUUAAUUUAGAGAGUUUGAAGCUCUCCCCAAUUCCUAAUUUAAGCACUUCUCUCUGUGAAUUUUUCCAAUCUGAAGAACUUGAGGAUUCUAGCUUUGUGAGAUCAACUCCUAUGAACAAGCUGCUGUUGUGGAAGGGUGAUAUAUUGAAGGAAUUGGAGGUUACUGAAUCUGAAAUUGAGUUACUGGAAAAUGAAUUUAAAUGUUUGAUAUCUAAGAAUGAAAAUAGGUGUCAAUGUCCUGCAGGAUCAAGUAGUUUGCAACAGGAAUGUCAGACAAAACCUUGUGAAAAACUGGUUGUUAACUCUAACGCCAUUCCUCAGCCUGCUCCAUUGCAGCUUGCUUCUUCUGAAGGUGUAGCUGUGGACGACGGUGGUGGCUUAAAAAAAGAGCAUGGUCAAGUUGAAGAUCAUCAUAUGGAUAGUCCAGGCAUUGUGAUAUCUAAAUCUGCUGAAAAUACUACCACUCUAUCUAAAUCAAUGAAACAUGAUGAGGUUGCUAGUAAAUCUAGAAACCAGGAAGAGAAAUGCUCAGUAGGUGAUAGCAAUGAGGAAAAGACAGAAGGCUUAUUGACUUCAGAGGGUGGUGGUCAACUGACAUUUAGCAAGACUUCUGUUGCAUGUGAUCUUAUAUUGGCUUCCAACAAGGAUUGUGCAAGCAGAGCUUCUCAAGAAUUUAAUAAACUACUUCCAUUUGUUGAUUAUCAUAUUGAUACGUCAAGAACAACCAAUGUCUCUUGGCAGAAAGAUCCACAUGUGAAAGGGAAGUUUGUAAUGAGGAAGCAUUUGCUAAAAUUUAAAGAAAGAAUUAUGACUCUCAGAUAUAGGGCAUUUCAGCAUCUCUGGAAAGAAGAUUUGCGGUUGCUUUCUAUAAGGAAGCACCAUGCAAAAUCUCAGAAAAGGCUGGAGCUAAGUUCGCAUACGCCACACACUGGAUAUCCAAAGUAUUGGUUGCCUGCUCGUUCUCGUUUGUCUUCUCCUGAUACUCAGGCUGAGCCUUACAGGAGUUACCUUAAAAUGCCAUUAUUGAUCUUGGACAAAAAGGAGAAGAUGAGUUCAAGGUUCAUUUCAAGUAAUGGUUUAGUUGAAGAUCCUUGUUCCCUUGAGAAGGAAAGGGCUAUGAUUAAUCCCUGGACUGCAAAAGAAAAGGAGAUUUUCCUGGAUAAGCUUGCUAAUUUUGGGAAAGACUUCAAAAAGAUUGCCUCUUUUCUCCAUCACAAGACAACUGCUGAUUGUGUUGAGUUCUAUUACAAAAACCACAAGUUGGAUUGUUUUGUGAAGACAAAGAAGUCACAGCUUGCGAAACAAGGAAAGUCAUGUUCUAGGAACAACUAUCUGAUUGCUUCUGGGAAAAGAUGGAAUCAUGAGACAAACACAGCAUCCCUUGCUAUGUUAGGUAUGGCUUCAGCAAUGGCAUCUAAUGCUGAUCAUGGUAUGAAAAAACAGCAGAAAUGUACAGUGAGGCUCAAAGUCAGGGCAACUAGCAAUCACAGUGCAUUGCGAGGUGGUAAUGACAUGCUAGAGAGGUCGAGCAGUGUUGAUAUCUUAAAUAGUGAAAGAGAGGCUGUGGCUGCUGACGUCUUGGCAGGUAUCUGCAGUUCACUGUCAUCAGAGGCAAUGAGUUCUUGCAUCACAAGUUCUUUUGACCCAGCAGAGAGCUACCAUGACCAGAAGAGCCAAGUGGUGGGUUCUUUGAAGCGGCAACGGCCUUUCACUCCAGAGGUAACACAGAAUGCUGAUGAUGUGACUUGUUCGGAUGAGAGUUGUGGAGAGAUGGAACAUACUGACUGGACAGAUGAGGAGAAGGCUGUUUUUAUACAGGCUGUGUCAUCCUAUGGUAAAGACUUUGCAACAAUAUCAAGGUCUGUCAGAACAAGGUCAAGGAACCAAUGCAAGAUUUUUUUUAGCAAGGCCCGCAAGUGCCUUGAAUUGGAUAUGCUUUGUCCAUGGCCCUGUGACCAGAGAAUGCUAGGAAAUGAGGAUGCCAAGGAGGGUGGGAGUGGCAAUAACAAUAUUUGUACGGAGACCAAUUCAGCCAUCUGCAGUGAGAGAACGGGGUCUAAAGUAGAUGAGAAUAUGAUGCCAUCUGAUCUCAACAGAAAAUGUGAUCCUGCAGAGACCGUGAUUUUACAGACUGAUCUAAUGAGCAGAUCAGAGGACAAUGGGACUGAAGCAAUUGAUGAAGAACAUGAGCUACAGUCAGAGGAUAUGGUUACUGGGUGGCAGGGGGAGGCUAACCAGAAGUUUGAUUUUGGUACCAAUGGCGAGGAAAAUGCUGAUUUUCCUCCUAGUGUGGGUGGAGGAGAUGAGGCUACUGAAGAGACGAACUCUGUGGGAGAAUCUGUGCCCCCCAAAUGUGAUGAGGAUCAUGGCGAGGUUUUGCCAGAUGCUGAGGCUGAUACCUUUAAUGUAGGUCUGGAACUGAAGGAUCAACAUAGGAUUUCAGAUAGCAAUUUGAAUGAUAGGAAAGCAGAGGAAAAUGGGAUUCUGAAUGCUAGUAGCCUGAGUGACUCGAAAUGCUGUGACAAAGUCUUACAUACAAACAGAAAUGUAUCCAAUCUUGCUGUGGAGACAAAUGCUACUCUGGGAUAUCAAGUUGACCUGAAGCGUAAGCAGAAGGAUGCAUUGGAGUUAAAGGCUCCACUAGAGCCUCGUACCAGUCUUCUUGUCAGUGUGAAUUCAGUUAUUGAAUGUCCUGAUCUCAGCUCUGAUGGACCUCCUGCACUAGAUUUUGAAAAUUUCAGGGAUAAGGAGUGCCAAAAAUUAGCCAUUGGAAAUGACAAUAACCAGCAUCAGUCCGGCCAUUCUUUGUUGGAGCGUGGAGGCUCCUGGCCGAUUCUCCAGGGAUAUCCAUUUCGGGUGUUCACCAAUAAAGAGAUGAAUAACGGAGAUAAGGAUUUUGAGGAACUUGAUGUUCAAAGCCGCAAUAGGAAAUUACCUUCUGACAUGUAUUUAUCCCAGGAAUGGUUUCUUCAGAAGUGCAAUGGUUUGAAAACUAACAAUGCGGUGGCUCAGAUUCCUUUCCAGCUCCAAGAACAAAAAAGUUACCGAUCUAGAUCCCCUUCAUUGAAUUCAUCAGAUACAGAAAAGCCAUGCAGGAAAGGUGAUGUGAAACUUUUUGGUCAGAUUUUGACCAAGUCAUCAGCUCAGCAGAACGAAGAUGAAGGAAUUCAAAAUUCGAAGUUCAGCAGCAAGGAUUGCAAUGUUAAAUUCAGCACUCACAAUGUUGAAGGGAAUCCAGUUCCUGCAAAGCUCAACCAGAAUAAUAGUUGCCUGGGCUAUGGUUUUUGGGAUGGAAACAGGAUACAGUCUGGAUUUUCUACUGCAUCAGACUCUUCUUUCGUUCUCCACGGGCGUCCUACCUCCUUGGGUAAUUACUCCAACUCAUCCAACAUGGAGUGGCAGCCGUUGCCAUUGGGUUCGGUUGUGAAGAGUAAUGAACAAAAUUUGACAUCAAUUCUUUCUAAUAGGGAGAUGAGUAGCAGUAAUGGUGAAGCUGAUUAUCAGCUCCACCGGAGCUGGGAAAUUGCCAGACCAAAUCCACGAACAGUUGAUGUGACGCAGCGCCAAGACACUUUAUUCCCAGAAAUGCGAAGACUAAGUGGAUCCGACGCUCACCCAGGUCAACUGGCCCGGGAAAUGGUUGGGGAUGCAUGCACUGGUAUUUCAGACCCAGCGGCAAUUAAUCUGCAUUACGCAAAAACUGAACAAUACAGUGUCAAGGCAGUUGGGAUCGGCAGUGAGGAAUCUUGGAGAGGUGAGGAGGAUGGUAUGGGUAGAAGUAUGGAGCGGGCCUCUUAAAUCAUGGCGAAUUACUGUGGUGUCAUACUGUAGCGUAUGUGUAAUACACUCCCUUUAGGGCAUCAUUUGUAGGUUCUUUUUGGUUAAAAGAAUUUUAGAUGUUUGUAAUAUUUCUCAGCAGCUAUGUAUUUGUUGUAAUUGAUGGAA